ACGCCGACCUGCCCGCCGGCAACAUCAUGCAUCCAGCCGCAGCAGCCGCCGCCGCCGCCGCACUCCUCCUGUGCCUCCUGGAGGGAGUCUACGCAGGUCUGGAAGCGCUGUCUGAUGGCGCACCUGUGCUGCCCACUCUUCCAGGAAACAAGGAGGUGCGGUACGACUUCAGGUACGCGGUGGACGACGCGGAGUCGGGCGUGGUGUCGGACCGGUGGGAGUCCCGCGUCGGCGAGUACGUGAAGGGCGCCUACAGCCUGCUGGGGCCCGACGGCAAGGUGCGCACCGUCGACUACGAGGUGGACGGCGACAACGGCUUCCACGCCGUCGUCCGCUCCCACCCGCCACCGAACGCGCUGCUGAGCAGCCAGCAGCUGUCGCGGACGCUGGAGGGGGCGCCGCUGCCGCCGGUCAACGUGCUCACCGACCGCAAGCUGCCCGCGGACAAGCGGCCGGCGCCCGGGAACUUCCACUCGGCGAAGCCCUACUACUACCUGGCGUUUGCCAAGGACCGACUACCGGCGGCUCCAGGGGACAUCGCGGUGGGCGCCGGCGUGGGUGGCGAUGUGGAGGGCGGCGGGGGCGGCGCGUCGCCCAGCGGGUUUCUGCUGCCGCCCUCACUGGCUCUGCGUCUGCAGAAGCGACGCUCGCACGGCUGACAGCUGACUGCUGACUACGGCCGCCGCCAACACAGCCUCUGGUCGGCGUAGACCACAGCGAGAACCUCACAGGCCAUCUGGACUGAACCGUCAUAGGAACUGGCUAGACUAGGCGUGCUCUACGAACGUGUGGUGGUACGCGACUUGACUGUAACCACUCAUUUGCGACCGUGUGGCCUAUUGUGUAGGCAACUAAACGCAGAGUACAGUGCUGCAAGCUGCCUGUAAUGGCACCUUCCUGGCUCCCAGCGCUGUGGAUUCUGGUAUCCACGACCGACUCGCAACGACACCCACGAGAUCUUCUUCGACUGUUUUUGAAGUGUUGUAUUUACAGAAACUGUCUGCUAAGUGGACCCUAUUUCAGCCAGUGAUUUGCAAUGUACGUGAAUAAUUUCUCUCCAAACCUUAGACCCCUCCUGCGACAUUCGAAACGAAUGCAAUCCUACCAAUAAGAAAUCUGAACUAGACUGUAGCUGAAAUACAUAUGACUAUCACACGAGAAUAUGACAAAAGUCAAACACUUUUGCUGCAACCUUUGAAGUUUUUUUCGGUUUUCUUAAACAUUCUGUUACGUGCUAAAAAUAUCCAGCUGCAAACGUGUCUGCCAAGUUUGCUGGUUAGUCAACCCAACGGGCAGUGGUG